GGGCGAAGCAGCGGUCCCUGGAAACAGUUCCGGGAAACCCCGCGUGCUGCCGGGGUCGCGCCGCCGUCCAUGAGGAGAAGGAGGAGCGCGCGCCAUUUGCCGUCGCUGCUUGGGCCCGAGCUGCGCCGCGCCGGCCCCGCUCCGCAUAAUAAAAUGGCUAAUCAGGUGAAUGGUAAUGCGGUACAGUUAAAAGAAGAGGAAGAACCAAUGGAUACUUCCAGUGUAACUCACACAGAACACUACAAGACACUGAUAGAGGCAGGCCUCCCACAGAAGGUGGCAGAGAGACUUGAUGAAAUAUUUCAGACAGGCUUGGUAGCUUAUGUCGAUCUUGAUGAAAGAGCAAUUGAUGCUCUUAGGGAAUUUAAUGAAGAAGGAGCCCUCUCUGUAUUACAGCAAUUUAAAGAAAGUGACCUGUCGCAUGUACAGAACAAAAGUGCAUUUUUAUGUGGAGUUAUGAAGACCUACAGGCAAAGAGAGAAACAAGGCAGCAAAGUACAGGAAUCAACGAAGGGACCAGAUGAAGCAAAGAUUAAGGCUUUGCUAGAGCGGACUGGUUACACUUUGGAUGUAACUACAGGACAGAGGAAGUAUGGGGGUCCUCCUCCAGAUACUGUGUAUUCUGGUGUUCAGCCUGGCAUUGGAACAGAGGUUUUUGUUGGUAAAAUUCCCCGAGACCUUUAUGAAGAUGAAUUGGUACCACUCUUUGAGAAAGCUGGUCCAAUUUGGGAUCUGCGUCUCAUGAUGGAUCCUCUUUCUGGUCAAAACAGAGGUUAUGCUUUCAUUACCUUUUGUAGUAAAGAUGCAGCACAAGAAGCAGUCAAGCUGUGUGACAACUAUGAAAUCCGUCCUGGAAAGCACCUUGGAGUAUGCAUCUCCGUGGCAAACAACAGGUUAUUUGUUGGGUCAAUUCCAAAGAACAAAACUAAGGAAAAUAUACUGGAAGAGUUUGGUAAAGUCACAGAGGGUUUGGUGGAUGUAAUUUUGUAUCAUCAACCUGAUGAUAAAAAGAAGAAUCGAGGAUUCUGCUUCUUGGAGUAUGAGGAUCACAAGUCAGCAGCACAAGCUCGCCGACGCCUGAUGAGUGGGAAAGUAAAAGUCUGGGGAAAUGUUGUUACAGUGGAAUGGGCUGAUCCAGUAGAGGAACCUGAUCCAGAAGUCAUGGCAAAGGUUAAAGUUUUAUUUGUAAGAAACUUGGCCACUACUGUGACAGAAGAAAUUCUUGAGAAAUCCUUUUCUGAAUUUGGAAAGCUGGAAAGAGUAAAGAAGUUGAAGGAUUAUGCAUUUGUUCAUUUUGAGGACAGAGGUGCAGCAGUGAAGGCAAUGAAUGAAAUGAAUGGGAAAGAGAUAGAAGGGGAAGAAAUUGAAAUAGUAUUAGCAAAGCCACCGGAUAAGAAAAGGAAAGAACGUCAGGCUGCCAGACAGGCCUCCCGGAGCACUGCGUAUGAAGAUUAUUAUUACUACCCUCCGCCUCGCAUGCCACCUCCUAUUAGAGGCCGAGGCCGUGGAGGAAGAGGUGGAUAUGGCUAUCCCCCAGAUUACUAUGGCUAUGAAGAUUAUUAUGAUGAUUACUAUGGCUAUGACUAUCAUGACUACCGUGGUGGCUAUGAAGAUCCCUAUUACGGCUAUGAUGAUGGCUAUGCUAUAAGAGGAAGAGGAGGAGGAGGAAGGGGUGGGAGAGGUGCCCCUCCACCACCUAGGGGGCGGGGAGCACCACCACCAAGAGGUAGAGCUGGCUACUCACAGAGGGGGGCACCCAUGGGACCGCCGAGAGGAGCCAGGGGGGGGAGAGGGGGCCCCGCGCAGCAGCAGAGAGGACGCGGUGCUCGUGGAGCCAGGGGCAACCGUGGGGGCAACGUAGGAGGCAAGAGAAAGGCAGAUGGGUACAACCAGCCUGAUUCCAAGCGCCGUCAGACCAACAACCAGCAGAAUUGGGGCUCCCAACCCAUCGCUCAGCAGCCGCUCCAGCAAGGUGGUGACUAUGCCGGUAACUAUGGUUACAAUAAUGACAACCAGGAAUUUUAUCAGGAUACUUAUGGGCAACAGUGGAAGUAGACAAGUGAGGAGGGAUUGAGAAUAUUGGAAACAUAGAAUUGGCUAUAGCUCUACAUCUUUCAAAAAAAAAAAAAUUGGCUUAAUGUUUCAUCCUUCAGUAGCGAUUGGCUGCCAUUUGUAUUGGGCUGAAGAAUCACUCUAUUGUGUAUAUACUCGAGUCUCUUAGUUUUCUUUUUUCAUAAACGCACUUGGACAUUACUGGGCUUGCAGAAUUCCUGAACUCCUUAUGGGGUCUCAGUGCUUUUAUCAUUUUAGGCUUCACUUUAGCAGUUUAAAAGCAGGAAUGGCACACUGUUCAAUCAUGAUUUUGCAGAACCUCUGGUUUUGGACAGUUUCUUCUUCUUUUUUUUUUUUUUUUUGGAUUUGGGAUAGACUACAUAGGAGUAUGCUGUACAUAAAAGUAAAAGCUAGUGCUUUGUCUUAGUAGUUUUAAGAAAUUACAACAAAUUAAGUUUUCUUGUAUUGAAAAUAACAUGAUUGUAUGUUUUGCAUUCCUAGAAGUAGGAUAACUGUGUUUUUAAAUUGUUAUAACUUCACACCUUUUUGAAAAUCUGCCCUACAAAAUUUGUUUGGCUUAAAACGUCAAAGCCGUGGCAAUUUGUUCCUUGAUGUGAUUGUAUUUCCAAUUUCUUGUUCAUGUAAGAUUUCAAUAAAACUCAAAAAUCUAUUCAAAACA